CCCGACUCACCCAAUAGCUAAUAUUAAAUCAAGUCCCCAUCACAAACGCGGGGAGCUACUCCCCACCCGCUCCUGCCAUGAGUCCGGAGCUUCAGACUUCUCACUCUCACCUGCACAGCUUCAUUUGCCCCUCGUCUUGAUCCCCGAGCUCGUGGGCAUUGACAGCGCUCCGUCUCCCGCAGCAGCUCAUCGCCGCCAUGUCCGACGACAACAAUGACAACGUGGAGGUCGUGCCCUACGCCGCCUACCUGCGCGAGGUGAUGCAAAAGAGCAUCUUGGGCGGCCAGCUGCCCCUCGUCACCACCAACCCCAACCGCCUCGAGGAGCAGGCCCAGAAGGCCAUGCCCACCAAGGGCUUCGACUACAUCAAAGGCGGCGCUGGUGAGUCGGCCACCAUGGACGCCAACCGCCUUGCCUUUCGCCAAUGGAAGAUCAUCCCCCGCGUCCUGCGCCCGACCAACCCGCGCGACCUGAGCGUCGAGCUCUUUGGGCACAAGUAUGACACCCCCGUCCUCAUGGCGCCCAUUGGCGUGCAGGCUCUCUAUCAUGAAGACAAGGAGAUCGGCACGGCCAGCGCCUGCGCCAAUCUUCGUGUUCCCUUUACUCUCAGCACUGCUUCGUCGACGGGCAUCGAGGAGCUCGUCAAGGCCAGUCCCGACGGCCCCAAGUGGUUCCAGCUCUAUUGGCCGCUGGACGAAGAGAUCACGGCGUCCAUCCUCGGCGGCGCCAAGGCCAAUGGCUUCAAGGCUCUCGUCGUCACUCUCGACACUUGGACCCUCGGCUGGCGGCCCUGUGAUCUCGACACGGCCAACGUUCCGUUUAUUGUGGGCGAGGGCGACGAGGUUGGCUUCCAAGAUCCCGUCUUCCGCAAGAAAUUCGCCGAGCAUACGGAUGGCGAAACGCCCGAGGAUAAUAGGAUCGGCGCCGCCAUGCACUGGCUCAGUGAAACCUUUCCCGGCGUGAGCCGCAGCUGGGAGGACCUCGCGAUCUUGCGCAAGUACUGGGACGGGCCUAUCAUUCUCAAGGGCAUCCUCAGUGCAGAGGACGCCAACCUUGCGGUUCAGCACGGCAUGGACGGCAUCAUCGUCAGCAAUCAUGGCGGCCGUCAGAUCGACGGUGCGGUAGCGGCGCUCGAUGUGCUGCCGGACAUUGUCGACGCCGUCGGCAAGCAAACCACCGUCAUGUUCGACUCGGGCAUUCGCACUGGAGCCGACAUGGUCAAGGCUCUCGCUCUCGGAGCGAAGGCAGUCUUCGUCGGACGUCCCAUAGUCUACGGCCUCGGCAUCGAUGGUGCCGCCGGCGCAGAGGCGGUCCUGGCCGGGCUGCUCGCCGACCUCGACCUGACCAUGGGGCUCGCGGGGGUGAAGAGCGUUGGAGACCUGCAGCGGUCGAUGCUUCGACGCGUGCAGUACCCAGGCGAUACAAAGGCCAAUCUGUAGGCCCUGCUGUAGGUUCUAGGGAUGCGUGUGUCGUAGGUCGGUUUCUCAUACAGAGGCGCGACAUUGAGGCGAUGUUGCAACGGGAAUGGUUGGAAAGUAGCAAGAGGGCAACGACAUAUACACCGCUGCUUGAUGGAUGCAAGACAGCGCUGGCAUCAACUUUCCG